AAACAUGUUUUUUUUCUGCUAAAUUUGAAUAUGUUAAACAAAAAAAAAACACAGUUUUAACAGACAAAUAUAAAUUUUGUUUCUUUAAAACAUAGUUUUUCUUAACCUUGAUUCUGAUAUUAAUAUAUUGUAUUAAUUCAUUUUAAUUUAUACCUUAAUUUAGUCUUAAUGUUUUGUAGACAUACUCCAGGUCAAAACACAGGAGUCAACAUCUCGGUAAAAGGGAAAAAACGUAAACAUAAAAGGAAGUUAUGUCUAAGCAAACGAAAAAAAACAUACAGUAAUUCAUACAGCUUCUCUACACAGUGAUCACUCCUCUUCAUCACUUACGUCUUCUUCUACAAUAGAUCAACAAAUGGUUAUUCAUAACACUACAGCAAGUUCAGACAUUCCUAUACAAACAACAACAAAAGGAAAAAUGAACAAAGGCAAAACACCAUUGAAAAAAUCUAAAAAACCAAACGAACCUCUGCAGUCAACACUUCCAGUAAUAUCACAACAUCUAAUACAAUGCUCAGUAAGCCAAUCAAAUGAGGAGGUUUUUAUUAACGAAGCAAGUAGAAUUAUAACUGCAUUCCCCAAUAAUCACAUUGCUAUACCAGGUCCAUCACGACUUUCAAUACAAGUAUUGUUCCUGUAGCAAUCACGCCACAAAGGACAUGUACUAAUAGUUCAGAGAUUGUUAACCAUCCAACAAAUAUACGGGCAUUGUCACAACAAGACAUUGAAGAAACUACCUCUUUGCUAACAAUGAGUACUUCCACAAGGAUGGAAAUUGAUAUCCCAUUACAACACAUUGAACCGAUAGAAACGUCAUCCUUACCAACUUUAAACCAACAACAGAGUGAUGACAAUAUCACUAUGACAAUGGGACACGAUGAACUUAAUGACAUAUUAGCUAACCUUAAUAUAGACAAUUUACUAGAAAAUACCAAUAAUAUAAUAACCGAAAAUGUAACUGAAACUAUUCAUCGAAGAGGGAAUCAUUACAUGGCGGCAACUAAUCAUUACACAGGUCUAUAUACAUUGGGAACUUUCACUUUUACCUGUUCUCACUGUAGAGCCUUACAUUUUUUAUGUGAAAAAAAUUCCAGAAAUGUUUAUUCAAAUUGUUGUAAGGAUGGUGCAGUACAUCUGCCUCCAUUUGAUUCAUAUCCUGAACAAUUAAGAGUACUAUUUCAAGAUCGAGAAUUUAUGGAAAACGUGCGUUAUUAUAACAAUAGUUUCGCAUUCGCCAGCCUAGCUACCAAUACUAUAAAUCCGCCUGGUCGAGGACCUUAUGUAUUCAAGGUACAGGGAGAAAUAAGACAUUAUAUAUCAAAUGUUUCAACAAAUAUUUCUAAUGAACGCAGACAAUACGGCAAUCUAUAUUUUUUGGAUACCGAACUGGCAAAUCAGCUUCGGUCUGCUGGCCCACAAAAUCGAACGGAAUUAAAUCGAGAAACCGUCGAUGUUAUUUCUAAUUACAUGCACAGCCACAAUCCUUUUGCUCAAGCGUAUAGAUUUCUUAAAGAUGUCUAUCAGGAACAACAACAUAACAAUCGUCAACUAACUUUAGAAUUGUACAUCAAUAACAACCGUGCUCGGGAUAUUAAUUUUAGACAAUAUGGCGCAGUACAAGCAAAUGAAAUAGCAGCCGUAUUUAUUUCUGAAGAUGGAAGACCGCCCCUGGAUCGUUGCUUACAUGUUUAUUGUCGAGACAACGAUCAAAUCAUCCACGAAUUACCAUAUCUUAGUGUUAACUGCGACGCAAUGACAUAUCCCCUAUUACAUCCAAGAGGUGAGCCAGGCUGGCAAUCUGGAACAGCGCAUCAACGUAGAAGAGGUGAUGUAUCUUUACUGGAAUACUACAGUUUUAGAAUAGCUGUUCGACCAGAUACUUUCAACCAAUUUGUAAUGGCAGGCAAGCUGACGCAACAAUACAUCGUAGAUGCAUACGUAAAAAUAGAACAGAGUCGAUUACAAUUUAUUACUGAAAACCAACCACGCAUCAGGCAAGAAAUAUUCCAAGGACUAAUCGACUAUUUAGACUCUAGACAACUUGAUGUUCACUAUCAACCAGGCAAUAUUUUCAUCCUACCGUCAACAUUCAUAGGAAGCCCACGCGCAUUUAGACAAAAUUAUUUGGAUGCCAUGUCUAUAGUCACAAAACAUGGGAAACCAGAUAUUUUCCUAACAUUUACUUGCAAUCCUGUUUGGCCUGAAAUUAGGAAUAACCUAGAUACAAACCAACAUUCCUCAAAUAGGCCCGAUUUUGUUUCGAGGGUGUUUAAGAGCAAAUUGAAGGAAUUAAUAGAAGAUAUUGAUAAACGACAUGUCAUGGGAAUUUGCGUUGCUUACGUUUACGUGAUAGAAUUUCAGAAAGAGGCCUUCCUCAUGCGCAUAUGUUGAUUUGGUUGGAAGGAUCAGAUAAAAUCUUGGACUCUGCAGCAAUCGACCGUUUAAUUUCAGCAGAAUUUCCCGACCCUAUCACGCAUCCCAACUUGCACGAAUUGGUCAAAGUACAUAUGCUUCAUGGACCUUGUACUGCUGCUCGAUGCUUAGAUGACGAAGGACAUUGCAGCAAACAAUUCCCGAAAUCUUUGCGUGAAGAUACAUUAUACAAUUCCUCUGGAUAUCCGCUAUAUAAAAGACGGCCAAUAGAAGUACCUAUACACAUAGGUAGAAGAACAGUAGAUAACGGUUGGGUUGUACCAUACAAUGCUUAUCUACUUGAAAAAUACGAAGCUCAUAUUAACGUAGAGGCUUGUUCUUCAAUAAAAAGCGUGAAAUAUUUAUUUAAAUAUAUAUAUAAAGGAUUUGAUAGAGCUCAAAUUGUCGUGCGGACUGUAGAGGAACAAGACGGUCAAACAACAACUAUUCAGGAACCUAUAUACAACGAAAUUCAAACGUUCAUGGACGUUCGCUAUGUUAGCGCACCUGAGGCAAUGUGGAGAAUUUAUACAUUCGAAAUGCACGAUAUGUCUCAUGCUAUCAUCAAACUUACUGUACAUCUUCCCAAUAUGCAACAAG